AUGAAGUAAAAGAUUAAAUCUUUUCUAAUAUUAUUCUAAAUUUGCCUUUUUACUGUGAAUGUCUUGUAAAAAGGAUGCUGUAUUAAUAAUCUUUUAAUUUUAGCUUCAUAAGUAGAUCAAUUAUAAAUGUUUCCAACUUAAGGAGAAAAAUUAUAAAUAAAUCUUCAUGUUCACCUAUUUGAGGGAGAAGAUCUUACUUAUGAUUUAAAAGACGAAUAUUUUAAAAUAGUAAAUCCGGUUGCAAAUACAGGGAACAGCUCAAUUCAUGCGACUUGUAUUUUUAAAUUUAAUUCAUUUAGCUGCAACUAAUAUCAGAUCGGUAAAAGCUUUUCGAUCCAGGUAAACUUAAUAAUGGAUGAAUUCGUUUGUCUUUUUAGACCAAAGUGAGACAGAAGUGUCAAUUUUUUUUUCAGAAGGGUAUUAGUCUAUGUAGAAUAUAGAUCCAUUUAAGAUAAAAUUCCAACCUCGGAUUUUAAAAAUAAGGUGAAAAUUGCACCAGUGAGUAAUGGUCUAUAGUGUUUCGAUGUAGAAUACAUUGAAAACAAUAAAUUCAUAAUUGAUUGCUAAAAGGAAGUGAUUGAGGAUUAAAUUACAAAAUAAACUGAUGUAUUUUAUCUCUACUCGAAAUAAACAAAAGAUAUAACUUCUUUUGAAGAUGAAGCAUUCGUCAAAUUAUACAACCAAAGAUAUAUAGGGUUGUAUUAUUAAAAAAGUGAAUUAGGAAAUGAAACAACUUACAUUGUUAGAGUUACACCAAGUUAUUCUUUGAAACCUAAAGAAAAACCUUAUUAAAAUCCAAUUGUGUAAACUUAUAUAUUGAGUAAAAAUGAUUAACCUCUACUUACAAACUAUCUUUUAGAUGAUGUCGACACUGCAAUUUUGUUCAGAAGAAGUGAUCUUAAAUUUAAUAUAGUGGAUUUCAAGAUUUCUUAUAAUGGAUUCAUUUACUUACUAGACUUCUUACAGGGUCUGGUGGUGGUCAAAUUAUUGUAAACAGGGGAAUGGAAUUUAGUUCAUAAAUUUUAUGAAUUUGAGGAAAAAAAAUAUUGUUUGCCUUCGAUCAUAGUCAAGAAGAGAAAUUGA